CCCGCCGCUCGAGCGCGGCUGGUUCUUCGACUACGUGGACGCGAGCGCGUACGCCGUCGUGAACCAGGGGCCGACGUCCUUCAAGGUGUUCAUCGUCGGCUACAACAACGAGGGCAGCCAGCAGUACGACCUCCGCACGUUCUCGUCCGGCGGCGAGCCGAGCUGGAGCGCGCCCAGCAAGCUCUUCAACCCGAUAGAGCACGGCAUCUUCGGGCCGUUGAAGCAGCGCGGCGCCGUGGUGGGCCACGGGACGGUGCACUGGCUCAUCUGGGACCUGGUCGACUUCCACGCCAUCGACGUGGACGCCAUGACCGGCCGCGUGACCCUACAGAAGCUCCCGGCCCCGAGGCCGCGCGACAUGGAAUACCACCUCUACGACACGCCACGCCUGAGCGUCGCGGCCGACGAGACGGCGCUUUCGUCGAUCUGCCUGUUCAGGGAGCCCCUCCGAGUAGAGACCUGGACGAGGGGGGACGGCGGCGAGCAUUGCGGCCGAGAGUGGUGCCGCGCUAGGGUGGUGGAGCUGCGACCACCCGGGCAGAAGCAAAUCGACACGCCGGUGUGCAUGUGCUUGGGGGAGAGGAGCGGCACGCUGCUCAUCAAGGACCUUCACCGGUGCAUGUACAUCGCGGAUCUGGAAAGUGGCGCCAUGGAGGAGACGACGGACAAGCAGUUUUGCCGUGGCCUCGACGGCUGCAAGACGGCGUUCCCCGUAGAGAUCGACUGGCCUGCCUUCUUCAUGUGUCGCCUUGGUGGAAAGUCAGAUAUUUAAUCUGGCGACAAGUGCGGCAAACUUUGAAGCUUACAAUAAUGCUUCUGGCUUCUUUAGAAAAACAUGAUUCUAUUUUUGAACUAAUUGUCCAAUCUAUACUUCAUUUGCAUA